AGCCAAUGGGAGAGUUGAGGCGGGGAGGUGCGGCCAAUGGCGCGGGCCUGUUUGAUUCAAAGGUUGCCUAUAAAGCAGGCCCUCACGCCGGCUUUUGUCCGAGGGCUGUCGCGUCGGAGCGCCGCUAUGGCUCUGCUGUCUGAGGGCCUGGACGAGCUGCCCACCGCCUGCCUGUCGCCGUGCGGGCCGCCCAAUCCAGCCGAGCUCUUCAGCGAGGAACGGCGCCUGGCGCUGGAGGAGCUGGUGGCCGGCGGCCCGGAAGCUUUGGCGGCCUUCCUGCGACGCGAGCGCCUGGCUCGCUUCUUGAACCCGGAUGAGGUGCACGCCAUCCUGCGCGCGGCGGAGCGGCCGGGAGAGGAAGGUGCGGCGGCGGCGGCCGAGGACUCGUUCGGCUCCUCGCACGACUGCUCGUCCGGCACCUACUUCCCCGAGCAGUCUGACCUGGAGCCUCCGCUGCUGGAGCUCGGCUGGCCGGCCUUCUACCGGGGCGCCUACCGCGGCGCCACGCGCGUCGAGGCGCACUUCCAGCCGCGCGGCGCGGGCGAGGGCGGCCCCUACGGCUGCAAGGACGCGCUGCGCCAGCAGCUCCUCUCUGCGCGCGAGGUGAUUGCAGUGGUAAUGGAUGUGUUCACAGACAUCGACAUCUUCAGAGACCUGCAAGAAAUAUGCAGGAAAAAGGGAGUUGCUGUGUAUAUCCUUCUGGACCAGGCUCUCCUCUCUCAAUUUCUGGAUAUGUGCAUGGAUCUGAAAGUUCAUCCUGAACAGGAAAAGCUUAUGACUGUUCGGACUAUCACAGGAAAUAUCUACUAUGCAAGGUCAGGAACUAAAAUUAUUGGGAAGGUUCAUGAAAAGUUCACAUUGAUUGAUGGCAUCCGUGUGGCAACAGGCGCCUAUAGCUUUACAUGGACGGAUGGCAAAUUAAAUAGCAGUAACUUGGUAAUUCUGUCUGGCCAAGUGGUUGAACACUUUGAUCUGGAGUUCCGAAUCCUGUAUGCCCAAUCCAAGCCCAUCAGCCCCAAACUCCUGUCUCACUUCCAGAGCAGCAACAAAUUUGGUCACCUCACUGACCGAAAACCACAGUCUAAGGAGCUCACCCUGGGCAACCUGCUGCGGAUGCGGCUGGCUAGGCUCUCAAGUACUCCCAGGAAGACGGACUUGGACCCAGAGAUGCCUGCAGAGGGCAAGGCAGAGCCCAAGCCUCAUGACUGUGAGUCCUCCACUGUUAGUGAGGAAGACUACUCCAACAGCCACAGGCAUGAGCUCCAGAGCAGAAAGGCCACUGAUGCUGCCACUCAAACAGAGCCAGGAGAGGGGAUGCCAGGGCUGAGUGUGAGUGAGAUGGGAACACAAACUAGCAUCGCCACCGCCUGUGCUGGGACCCAGACUGCAGUCGCCACCAGGGUAGCAUGCUCUCAAACCAUGAUCUGGUCCACAUCGACCACCACUCAGACUGACAUGGAUGAGAACAUUUUCUUUUCUCAAGGAACUCAAUCUGCAGAAGGGUCACCAGCCUCAAAAAUGUCUAUAUCAAGAUCUUCCAGUUUGAAGUCUUCCUCCUCUGUGUCUUCCCAAGGCUCUGUGGUAAGCUCCACUGGCUCUCCCACUUCUGUCAGAGCCACUGACUUCCACAAUCCUGUCUAUCCCAAGUACCUGGGCACCCCCCACCUGGAACUGUAUUUGAGUGACUCAUUUAGAAACUUGAACAAAGAGCGGCAAUUCCACUUUACUGGUAUCAGGUCCCGGCUCAACCGCAUGCUGGCUGUGCUCUCAAGGAGAACAUUCUUUACUGAAAACCACCUUGGCUUUCAUUCUGGCAAUUUCAGCAGAGUUAAUUUGCUUGCUAUUAGAGAUGUAGCACUUUAUCCUUCCUAUCAGUAACUGCUCCGUGUUCAGACUCCUGGUUUCCUCCAGUCUCGCAGUGGACAUCAUCAGCUUCCUGCUUUAAAAAAUAUCUCAUGUCCCUAAUUGCCUUUCUUUUACCUGACUUUGUUACCCUUGCUGUCUUUGAAUUCUUUUUUUUUCCUACAUAGCAUUUGCUCCUGAAGCUGUCUUUGAAUUCUAUAGGCUGCAUAUUAUUGUACAUGCUUUGUUUUUGUCAUGUAUACACCAGUUAUUGGUUUUAUGGUUUAAACACUAUGGAUACAGGGUUGUUUUUUUUUUUUUUUGCAGAAUUUUAAUACAUUCAUGCACUACGUAAUGAUGUUUUGGUCAAUGACAGACCAUGUACAUGAUGGCAGUCCCAUGAGGUUAUAGUGCCAUAUUUUUACUAUACCUUUUCUAUGUUUAGAUACAAAUACCAUUUAUGUUACAGUUGCCUACAGUAUUCAGUGCAAUAACAUGAUGUACAGGUUUGUAGCCCAGGAGCAACACGCUAUACCGUAGAGUCCAGGCAUGUAGUAAGUUAUACCAUCUUGGAUUCUGUAAGUACACUCUGUGCUGUUUGCACAAGGACAAAAUCACCUAACAACACAUUUCACAGAAUGUAUCCGCAUCGUUGGGCAACACAUGACUGUAUUAAUGCCUCAUAAGGAGAAUGCUUAGGUGUUCUAAGUCUAAUUCAGGUGAGAGAUGAAAUAUGUUUUGCAUUUUUCUUAGGCUGUAUGCUCUUCUGUUUUAAAGGUUUGACUCACCAGCGUUUUUGUGAUCAAAAAUCCUAUUUAGAAAAACAAAACUACUUUCUCUUUAUCUCUUUAGAAUCUGUGUUCUUAGUAUUAAAUAAAUAUAAACUUGUGCUUUUUGUACUCCCCCCACCUCUGACACUCUUCUCUUUAAAUCUGGGAAUAUGUCACAAAUAAAUGCACCUAAUAGAUAUAGAUAUCUAUAUAUCUGAAGGUUUUUAAAAUAUUGUCAGGGUGAGAAAGAAGUAGAUGAUCCAAAAUAUAGAAGGGAAAAUAUAUCCACUUAACCUUUCUUGAAUCAUGAAUAUUGAUGUUACUUUAUAGUUUGAGUGAGGAAAUUGGCCAGAAGUAGCAGGCCUCUGCACAAGCUCUGCCUUUCUUUCCUCAAAGAAGAAACCUGAGCUAUUUCCAUAGGUCCUUGGUACUCUGGUACUCUGCUUGUCUACCAGAAGAGGCCUUAGUAUAUGUUCCUGUAUUCAUUCCCAGUAUUAACCCGGGCAGCCCCGUGGGCCUCAUUUCAUCAGAUGGGUGUACUGACAGUGACUUAGCAAUCUAAUAUCCUAGAGUAGGAGCAAAAGAGGACACUGACAGUUGUCCCAGUUUCCUGGUCCAGUGGCAGGCAAUGUAACUGGUUUCUACACCCUACUAAUUAGGAUUGGUAUGGCUAUGGAAUCCUGUUUUUGUCUCAUUCUCAUGGACAGACAGAAGGGAAGAGAGUUAAAUGAUGGCUUUCUCCCUCUCCUGAGUUGGCUACAACAAAAAAGAUCUACAGUAGGGGAAGGCAUCUGCCAUAUAAAAUGCUGAUGCACUUGGAUCAUGAGUGCUCCUACACUCACGUAUGUGCCUGGACUCCCUUAUGAUGGCCAGGUUAUUUGCUGGGUUGGUGCUGUAAUCUGUGGCUGUAAAGCAAAUGUAAGGAUAUUGAUCCAUGUCUGCUUAGAAACAACUCUGAGCUAAGCCUCAAGUAAACAUAUUAUUUGAAAUCAUUUUACAGACUUCAGUCACUUCAUAUGUGCUAUCUUUGCUCUUCACAGCAAUGUAGCAGAGAGCUUUGUAGGUUAGGUGGCUGUUAUUUCCAAUUUUCAGAUGAAACUGAGGCUCUGAUUAAGUAACAUAUUCAAGAUGACAUGGCUUGUAAAUGGUGGCACAGGAAUUUAAACACAGGUUUCUAGAUUCUAAGUACAGUACUGUGCUUUGCAACUAUUUCUCUACAUGGAGUAUGGAGGCAGGAGAGAGUGUACCUUGAGAAAUGGCAGUUCCUUCAAUGGUGAAUGGAAAACUAAAACAGCCUCAUUAACAAACGUUAAGUACAAAGUCUUAACUGUGAUAAUUCUUUUUGUUGGUUUUUGAAACAGUCUCGUUCUGUUGCUCAGGUUGUAAUGCAGUGGCAUGAUCACAGCUCACUAUUUUUUUGUAAAAGUGGAGUCUCACUAUGGUGCCUAGGCUGGUCUUAAACUCCUAGGCUCAAGUGAUCCUCUUGCCUCAGCCUCUCAAAGUGCUGGGAUUACAGGCAUGAGCUGUUGCACUCAGCCUGUGAUAAUGGAUUUUAAUUUAGAUUGAAAUUUUAACUCAGUGUUCUAUGGAACCAUUAAUAGGAUUACAUAACAAAGGUAGUGUGUUUAGUGUGAGAAACUGGGCCGAAUAAAUUUAAACAAGAUUCUUUAAUGCAGGACUACUCAGAGCUCUGAAGUAAUGAUCAUAGGGAAUUUCUCAGAGCAGGGCAGGUAUAUGGCCUACCACAAACUUACCCGAUCACAGAGUGGUUUUUUGUUUUUUGUUUUUCUUUUUUUGUGGAGCAGCACUCAAAACCAUUAGUCCCUGAAAGUGCAGUCACCAAUUAGAAAUAAGAGCAAGAGGCCAGGCACUGUGGCUCAUGCCUGUAAUCCCAGCAUUUUGGGAGGCUGAGGUGGGCGGAUCACGAGGUCAGGAGUUCAAGACCAGCCUGACCAACAUGGUGAAACCCUGUCUCUACUAAAAAUACAAAAAUUAGCCAGGCAUGGUGGCAGGUGCCUAUAGUCCCAGCUACUCAGGAGCCUGAGGAAGGAGAAUCACUUGAACCCAGAAGGUGGAGGUUGCUCUGAGCCAGAGAAUGUGCCACUGCACUCCAGCCUGGGCCACAGAGUGAGACAAAUAAGAGCAAGAGAUUCAUGGAGUCCUAAGAAAAUGGCUUAGUCUCUCAGAGUAAGCAGAGAUUUUCUGGGGUCGAGUUCAGAAAGGGCAGAGUUUUUUUUUUUUUUUUUUUUGAGACGGAGUUUCACUUGUUACCCAGGCUGGAGUGCAAUGGCGCGAUCUCGGCUCACUGCAACCUCUGCCUCCUGGGUUCAGGCAGUUCUCCUGCCUCAGCCUCCUGAGUAGCUGGGAUUACAGGCACACGCCACCAUGCCCAGCUAAUUUUUUGUAUUUUUAGUAGAGGCGGGGUUUCACCAUGUUGACCGGGUUGGUCUCGAUCUCUCGACCUCGUGAUCCACCUGCCUCGGCCUCCCAAAGUGCUCGGAUUACAGGCUUGAGCCACCACGCCUGGCCCAGGGCAGAGUUUUUCAAAGUGAGAUCUGAGGACCACCUGCAUCAGUCUUGGGGUGCUUAGGUGCUUGCCUUUAAAAUGCUGAUUACUGAAUCUACUCCUGGGGGGGGAGGGGGUGGUGAGAGUAGCAGCCUAUGUAGUUCAAAAAUUUGUUACCCCUCCUUGGGAGAAAAAUUAUAUUCCUCUAUCUUUGCAGACUUUGCUAUAAAUAUUCCAGCAUAAAUAUGUAAAUAAAUAUGUAAAAGAUAACUAUUUUAGAAAACGUAACCACAUUACCGCUAUCACACCUAAGCAACUUUGAUAAAAACUCAGUAUCAAAUAAAUAUUCAAUGUUUA